GCUCUACACCUGACUUACAACAGCACUUUCAAUCCACAAAUUAUUCGCUACUUCACUCGACAUAGCAAAAUGAUAUCCCUUUUAAAACUCGUAACCUUAUCGGGAGCUUUUCUUUGUAUGACUCUCGGACUGGCCGAUGCUGAGUGUUUGACCCGAGGUUCGAUAACGAUCGAGGAGCAACAUUGUUUAACAGCCUUACCUCUAUUCCCUCUCCCCAGUGGUCCUGACACCAUUAUUUUCAAUGGCAAUAUGAUCCCAUCUCGUUACCGGACUUGCGAGCUCAAGUUGAGAACCGUGGACGGAACCUCACCGAUUCACAUCUCUAAGGCGGCUGUGGCGAAUGCCUUCCAGACUUCUUGGAACCAAUGCCAAGGCUACUCUACCAUCAUGAUCGGUGAUGUUCAAUCUCCUGACACUGCCGUGUACUUGGACAUAGGAGCAUACAAGGACCAACCUGGCAAUCCAUAAAGUUUUACGCUGGCGUGAUUCACAAUCGCAGCUCUCCUUCGGCAUCAAUAGCAGUCUUACACCCAGAUUUGAUUCCCACGGAAAGGACGCUGGGUCUGGUGAAAGUCGAUCCUUGAUUAGUUUGACUGGGAUAUUGAUGGUCGUUUGUUGCCAGGAGCCAAUGUGUACAAUCUAUGUUUGUCUUCUUUACCUGUUGCGCCUGGAUUCAUUUGGUAUCAUCUUGAAAUCUCGCGUACAUUUGUGGCUUUAUUGAGUUUGCAAUGUCAGCAUUUUCUGGGCAGCUCUUUCU